AUGGAAAACUUACCGUUAUUACCCGGUAAUCGUUUUUCAGAUGUAACGCGUACUAAUUUUAUAGUACCACGUACAUUAUCAUUCAAAAAUGGUCAUCGAAUUAUUCGGGUACCUCGAUUUGGUAUCGGUCAAACAUAUAAACCAGAUAUCUGUUUAACAGAAGAUGAACGUCAAUUAUUAGAUAAUUUUCAACCUGAACUUAUCUAUGGUAAAGUACGUGUACAAGAACCACGAAAAUUUGUACCAGCUACUCUAUUUUAUGAUAAAAAAAUACUUCGAUUUUAUGGUUAUUUUAAACAAAUAAUUCAUGAAAGUCCAUUAGAAUCAUAUCGUAUACGACAAGUAAUCAUUUAUUAUUAUCUGGAAGAUGAUACGAUUGCUAUUUAUGAAAUUCCUUAUAAAAAUAGUGCACUAAAUCAAGGUAUGCGUAUUCGUCGUCACCGAAUAUCUAAAAAUGAUCAAAAUGAACCAUACAAUUGGCGUGAUUUAAAUCUACGUCAAAAUUUAAUUAUUUAUGGUACAAUCUAUCGAAUAUGUGAUUGUGAUCAAUUUACUAGAGAAUGGCUUGAAAGUGAAGGUAUUGAAUUACAAUGUUCGGAAUCAAUUCCAUCAGAUCCUUAUAUGUUAAAAUUAAUGGAAAAAAAUCAAAAUAAAUUCAAAGAUAUUUUAAUAGAAGAAAAAGUUAUAGACAAAAAAAUGGAUGGAAAAAUUUUAAGAUUCUAUGCUAUGUUUAAUAAUCAAGAUCAUUUUAGAAAAUUUAUUAUUCAAGUCUAUUUGAUUGAUAGUACUAUUGAAAUACGAGAAAUUCAUCGAAAUAAUAAUGGUUAUGAUCCAUUACCAAUUUAUCUUCGUCGACAAUUAGUACCAAAAGACUCACCAUAUAAUAUCAAAUCAUUUGUAAAUCUUUUUCUUGAUCAACGUGAACAAAAUAAAAUCAAUUAUUUAAAAGCGAAUGAUUUUAUACUUGGUGAACAUAUAACAAUAUUCAAUCAUGUAUUCUUUUUAUAUGAUUGUGAUAAAUUUACAAGAGAUUUUUGUCAAUUUGAUAUUAAUCGAUUACCUUCUAUAUCACCACAUAGUGAAGAUAAAACAAAAAAUAUUGUACGAAAAUCAAUCGAAAACGAACAACGUGUUUUACGUUACGAAGCAAUUCUGGAAUCAUCGAAUGAAGAUGAUCGUUGUCGACGAUUUCUUAUUGUUUAUCGAUUAGCGGAUGAUUUUAUAUCGGUGUAUGAAAAACCACUUGAUGGAUAUGGAUGUUUAACUAGGAAAUUUCUUGAACGUGUUCGAAUUCCUAAACCAGAUAGUCAUCCGGAUGCGCCAAUUUAUUAUCAACCAAAUGAUUUUUAUAUUGGAGCUCAUGUAGAAUUUUAUAAACAUCGUUUUAAAAUUAUCAAUGCCGAUUGUUUUGUAUUAAAAUUUAUUGAAGAAAAUCAAGAACAAUUUUCACAACAUGUUAUUGAUUCAUUUCGGAAAUAUGUUUGUUCUACGGAAAAUCAAAAAUCAAACUAA